UGAAGAAAAUUCUAACAUAUCAAUUUCUACUAUAGAUAAAGGCAAAAAAAAUAUUGGUGGUCAUUCAUAUAGUCCAGUUUGGGAAUAUUUUACUAGAGGAGAAAAAGUAGCAAAAGGAAAAUAUAAAGCAACUUGUAAUUUGUGUGGAACAUCUUGGAAUCAUGGUGAACUAGCUGAAUUAGAAAAAAAACUUAAUCAAUAUGUUAGUAUAAUAGAAUUAGAUCAGCAAAAAAUCAAAAAAAUUCAUCUUGUCUGGGCUAAAGCUAUUGCUAUUUGUGGAAUUUCUUGGAAUAUUAUUGAAAAUCCUUUUUUUAUUGAAGCAUUAAAAGAAACAAAUUUAUCUUAUAAUCCACCAACACAUCAAUAUUUAUCAGGCUAUUUGUUAGAACAACAAUUAGCUAUUAUUAAUCAAAAAACUAAUAAAAUAUUUUAA